CUUAUCAAAGGGGUAUAACUCUAAUUGUGAGUGCUUCAAGAACACAUUGAUUUUGUCACAAGUUCUGUGACCAUGCCGAAGUACUACCCGGAAGAGGAAGGGGAGGAACCCAAACCAAAGACAGCCUGCUCUGGCAUCCGAGAAGACCUCUUAGAUUGUCUGCUGAAGAGUGACUGUGUGAUGAAGGACGGUAAGACGCCCAGGGAGUGUCUACAGCUCGGCCACCAUCCCAGCAUACCCAACAAGUGUCACAACCUCCGGACAGCUUUCUUCGAGUGUAAACGAUCAAUCCUGGACAUGCGCAGCAGGUUCCGUGGAAGGAAGGGCUACUGAGCAUGACAGUGUGUAUGUGUGAGAGGUGACAAAUGAGAGUUGUGAGCAACUGGUUCUGCUCAACCAACUGGUCAAUCAAGUUCUGUUACAACAGUGCUGUAAAACCUGAGACCUGAAGACCACUUCAAGGUGUAGUGUAGACCUAUGUGGAGGCUGGAUUCAUUAAAAGUUGACUAAGCUGGGUGUGCUAAGGAAUGUUGACUGCUGAAGGUAUUGUUAGUCUGUUCUCCUGAAAGGGACUUGUGUAGUACAUUGUAUGUGGUAAUUUUAUUCUUUGAUACAAUAAUUAAUUCUCAUGUAAGAUUUUUACCAUGGUUGAUCAAGCAAUAGAUACAUCCUAAUAGCACCAGGUGAAUGUUCUAUAUUUUGUAUGAUAUGGCAAAGAAAUGAUCAGCGAGUCUGUUAAACAAAUAUUUAAAAUAACCUGGCCUGAAGCAAAGAAACUUGGUACAGUGGUUGUAAUUAAUGAUUUGUCACCAUUGAUGGUAAGACUAAGAGAUAUUCAGGUUGUUGGUGACAUGGAACACAGACGAUGUUGACCUGUAGAUGUGAAUGAAUCUAUUUAGAUGUGGAUGUUUUGUCUGAUGUGCAAUGUUGAUACCAGUAGGGUGGGAUAAAGAUGUAUAUGAGA